CCCGCGGUCCCUUCCGCGCUCGCCCCGGGCCCCGCCGCGCUCCCGCCGCCCGCGCCCGGCCCGACCCGGCCCCGCAGCCCGCCCGGCCCCGCCAUGGCCUCCGCGGCCAACCCCGGCCAGCCCGGCUCCGCGCCGCCGCCCGUCGUCCAGCGCGGCAUCGUCAAGAUGGUGCUGUCUGGCUGUGCCAUCAUCGUUCGGGGUCAGCCCCGUGGGGGUCCCCCCCCCGAGCGUCAGAUCAACCUCAGCAACAUCCGUGCGGGGAGCCUGGCCCGGCGUGCGGCCCCCAGCCAGCCCGAGGCCAGGGACAGCCCUGACGAGCCCUGGGGCUUCCCGGCCCGGGAAUUCCUGCGGAAGAAGCUGAUCGGGAAGGAGGUUUGCUUCACCGUGGAGUACAAAACCCCCCAGGGCCGAGAGUACGGAAUGGUGUACCUGGGAAAAGACACCAGUGGUGAGAACAUCGCCGAGUCCCUGGUGGCCGAAGGAUUGGCGUCCCGCCGGGAGGGGAUCCGAGCCAACAACCCCGAGCAGAGCCGGCUGGCAGAGCUGGAGGAGCAGGCCCGCAGCGCCAAGAAGGGAAUGUGGAGCGAGGGCUCGGGCUCGCACACCGUGCGCGACCUCAAGUACAGCCUGGAGAACCCCCGGCACUUCGUGGACUCCCUGCACCAGAAACCUGUCAAUGCCAUCAUCGAGCACGUUCGUGACGGCAGCGUGGUGAGAGCUCUGCUGCUGCCCGACUUCUACCUGGUCACUGUCAUGCUCUCGGGGAUCAAGUGCCCCACGUUCAAGCGCGAGGCCGACGCCGAGGUCCCGGAGCCGUUCGCGGCCGAAGCCAAAUUCUUCACGGAGUCGCGGCUGCUGCAGAGGGACGUGCAGAUCGUGCUGGAGAGCUGCCACAACCAGAACAUCCUGGGCACCAUCCUGCACCCGAACGGGAACAUCACGGAGCUGCUGCUGCGGGAGGGCUUUGCUCGCUGUGUGGAUUGGUCCAUCGCCGUCUACACCCGCGGCGCCGACAAACUGCGCGCGGCCGAGAGGUUUGCCAAGGAGCGCAAGCUGAGGAUCUGGAGGGAUUACGUGGCCCCCACGGCAAACCUGGACCAGAAGGACAAACAGUUCAUGGCCAAGGUGAUGCAGGUGCUCAAUGCCGACGCCAUCGUGGUGAAGCUCAACUCCGGGGACCACAAAACCAUUCACCUGUCCAGCAUCCGACCCCCGCGGCUCGAGGGGGACAGCAGCCAGGACAAGAACAGGAAGCUGAGGCCCCUCUAUGACAUUCCCUACAUGUUCGAGGCCCGGGAAUUCCUGCGGAAGAAGCUCAUCGGGAAGAAGGUGAACGUUUCCGUGGAUUACAUCCGUCCCGCCAGCAGCGCCACCGAAACCGUCCCGGCCUUCUCGGAGCGCACGUGUGCCACCGUGUCCAUCGGCGGCAUUAACAUCGCCGAGGCUCUGGUCAGCAAGGGCCUGGCCACGGUGCUGCGCUACCGGCAGGACGACGACCAGCGCUCGGCACACUACGAUGAGCUGCUGGCAGCCGAGGCUCGGGCCAUCAAGAACGGGAAGGGGCUGCACAGCAAGAAGGAGGUGCCGAUCCACAGGGUGGCCGACAUCUCCGGAGACACGCAGAAGGCGAAGCAGUUCCUGCCGUUCCUGCAGCGCGCCGGCCGCUCCGAGGCCGUGGUGGAAUACGUGUUCAGCGGAUCCCGCCUCAAACUCUUCCUGCCCAAGGAAACCUGCCUGAUCACCUUCCUGCUCGCCGGGAUCGAGUGUCCGCGGGGUGCCCGGAACGUUCCGGGGCUGGCGCAGGAGGGGGAGCCCUUCAGCGAGGAGGCCACGCUCUUCACCAAGGAGCUGGUGCUGCAGCGGGAGGUACGGCCAGGGGAUCCGGGGGGGAUCCGGGGGGGAUCCGGGGGGAUCUGGGGGGGAUCUGGGGGACUGGAGGGUGGGGGCAGGGAUGCAGUUGUUGCCGUGGAUGCAGUUGUUGGUGGAUCCAGAUGUGGUUUGUGGAUCCAGGUGUGGCUGCAGAUCCAGGUGUUGCCGUGGGUGCAGAUGUGGCAGACACAGGUGCAGGUGUGGACCCGGAUGCAGGCGUGGAUCCAGCUGUGGCUGCAGAUCCAGCUGUGGGUGUGGAUCCAGCUGUGGGUGUGGAUCCAGCUGUGGCUGCAGAUCCAGCUGUGGGUGUGGAUCCAGCUGUGGGUGUGGAUCCAGCUGUGGCUGCAGAUCCAGCUGUGGCUGCAGAUCCAGCAGUGGCCCUGGAUCCAGCUGUGGCAGCAGCUGCAGGCCGGUGGUGCCAGCUGUGGGGACAUGGGAACACAGGGACAUGAGGAUGUGGAAUGCUGGGAUACGGGAAUGAACGCCGUGGGCUGCCCGGGCCCGUUCCUGGCCGCGGGUCGGGGUCCCCGCGGUUCCCACGGCCGCGUUCCCGCCGGCAGCCGAUCCCUGCCCACCCCCACAGCCCUGGGAUAUUUUUAUCCGGCGGCUCCGGCUGCUGCUGACUCACGGGCCCGGAGCCGCCGCUGA